UUGACAUUCGGCCGGAAGUAGCGCACAUAUGUUUCCGACGUCGCCGCUGCGGAGGCGCGGCUGCGCAGUCGGCCCGCGGCCCGAAUAUGUCGACCGAGGAGCGACGGCGGAGUUGAUGUAUGACACGCAGACGACCACCGUUAUCAUGACCACCGUCGCGGCGAUAUCCUUCGGCUGAGGUGCGCCCCGGUGCGAGCCGACCUGCCGACGAUCGCGAGGAAGGAGACCGCGUUGCCCGGCGACGUGCGCCGUUCGCGAGAAAUCGAGAACGGGCCUUCGCUCUUUCCCUCUUUCGCGCUCUCUUUCUCUCUCGCUCUCUCUCUCGAGGGGGACAGUGGUGGCCGAGGAGGAGGAGGAGGAGGAGGAGAGGUCCAGCCGCGCGAGAGAGCGCCGCGCCAGAUCGCCGUGCCGUCGUACCGUAUCGUACCGUACCGUGCCGUGCCGUUCCGGGGGCGGUGAUCGGCGGGCUCGGCGGAGCGGAGCGCAGCGCGGCGCGAGGGGUCCCCUAUGUCAAAUCGACGUCGGCGACGAGGACGUAGCGCGCCAGCAUGAAGAAGCUAUUCUCCAAGAUCGACAACACGUCGAAGGAGCCCAACAGCUACCUGGGGAAGGUGUUCGUCGUGGGCCGCCACACGGUCACCGUCGAGGAGGUCCUGGCGGAAGGAGGAUUUGCGAUUGUAUUUUUGGUCAAAUCCUCAGGUGGACGAUAUGCACUUAAACGGAUGUAUGUCAACAAUGAACAUGAUCUCAAUGUGUGCAAGAGGGAAAUACAAAUUGCUAGCAACCUGAGCGGUCAUAAAAAUAUCAUAGGAUAUGUAGAUAGUAGCAUAACUCACACCACUGGAGGAAUACACGAACUUCUGCUUUUAAUGCCUUACUGUAAAUCCCAAGUUCUCCAAAUGAUGAAUAACAGGUUGCAAACAGGUUUCAGUGAAUCAGAAGUUCUACAAAUUUUUUGUGACGUUUGCGAAGCCGUAUCAAGAUUGCAUCAUUGUCAAACUCCCAUAAUUCAUAGAGAUCUCAAGGUGGAAAAUAUACUGCUUGCUGACAGCGGUCAUUACGUUCUGUGUGAUUUUGGGUCCGCGACGGGAAAAGUUCUCAAUCCCAAUGUCCACGGCGCCGCGGUGGUUGAGGAGGAGAUAAAGAAAUAUACCACUUUAAGCUACAGAGCACCUGAAAUGGUUGACAUGUACUGCGGAAAACCUAUUACUACGAAAGCGGAUAUAUGGGCUUUAGGAUGUCUGUUAUAUAAACUCUGCUUUUUUACACUACCGUUUGGCGAGAGCACGCUUGCUAUACAAUCUGGGAAUUUCACUAUACCGGAUAAUUCGAGAUAUAGUAAAGCUCUCCAUUGUUUAAUUCGGUACAUGCUUGAGCCAGAUCCUGACAUACGCCCUGAUAUUUAUCAAGUUUCCGCAGUUGCUUUUCAAAUUCAAGGCAAAGAAUGUCCUGUGCAAAAUUUACAUAAAGUCCCAACCCCGACGAUAGAAUCAUUGCCAUGUCCACCCAUGGAAUCCGAGAAUAUUAAAAGAGCAGCAUCUGUAAAAACGCCGAAACCCACGCCUAUAGCGACGACGGUCGAGGGUACGUCCGUGACGCCGAGACAAAGACCGAAGGGGCAAGCCGUUAGCACGGGACCGAUCAGUUUGAGUGGUCAAAUCGUGGGACAAAUAUCGGGCCAAGGAAAUCAAACGCAAACUACACCGGCAAAUUCUAUCUCUUACGUUCAAGUAUCGCCACUUGUUUGCACCCCCAGUCAAAGUGUUCCUUUCGGUCAAUCGCAAGCACAACCGUCGCAGUACGGUCAAUCGCAGAGCCCGAUGAUCAGUCACUCUCCUCUAACUCAGCAGUCACCCGUUACCGUUCAAGAUAAAAAUGCGUUUUACUUCGAUUCGAGGCAGCACGAGGCAGCGAGAGCUACAACGAACGUAAACGAGAAGAAUUUGGAGGCUCUAUUCCCGUCGUCAGGGUAUCCGGAUCCGUUCAAAGACGACACGAGAGCGAUGCCGCCGCCUGCCAAGAUACCACCUCCCGUUGCACCCAAACCCGGCAAGAUUCUUCCGAAACUGUCCAACCCUAGUUAUCCAUCGUCAUCCAAAUAUCCGCCAGUCACCUCAUUACCGUCGAAAUUGUCCAUUUCGACGGGGCCUAACAAGGCGACUCCACCGACGGUGACGCCGCCGGCUUUGCCGAAGCCGGUUAAUAAGACAGAAAGUUUGAGUCAGAAUAUAAGUUCGAGCAUAUCUCCGCCUGACAGUCCGACAUUGUCGUCCUCGCGUCACAGGAGAAACGUCAGUGACACGAGCGCUUUUAACAAAGCAUUCGCAACUGAAACCACUCAAUUCUUGGCGCCAUAUGAGGCUUCGGUCAAGCCACGUUCCGAUGAUACGACUACACCACCGGAACUUUCAAGUGAUACAAGGCCUUGUAUAGCAACUAGUGCCUCGCAUGUACGUGUUGGCGAACUUUCAAGCCUAAUGGGAUCAGAAGGGAGAUCGUUGAGUGCGGAUGUGGCGGCAUGGAAUCCGUUUGAGGAUGUACAACCUUUUAAUCAGUUAACGGAAGAUCAUAUCUUCGGUGCUGAAUUUGACAAAAUAAGAAGAGGGAGCAAUACCAGUAUCAGUGGGGUGAAAAGUCGCGAAAGCCUUGUUAUGACGUAUACAGAGUUACCGGAAGAUCCCUUUGAAUCUGCACCCUUUAGCCUGCCAACAGGGAAGAAGAGUAAAAUCGGGUCAAAGACUGCUGCUAUUGCUGGAGGCAAACCGACGAACGGUAGGCCGAGGGUGCCGCUGGCGCAGUGGAACUCCGGGGUCGAGCAAGGCGGUGGCGUGGACGACGAGGCGUCCCUGAUCACGGAAUCCAGCCCGGUCUCGCCGCCGUUCGUUCGCGCGCCGGCGGAGGAUCGGUCCAAGUAUGAGAAGCUGGCGUUCAACGCCGACGAGGUGUCGAGCGACAGCGACAAAGGCGCGAAGGAGGCGAAGGAACGGGCGAAGAAGACGAAGAGGCGGCGCGUGAAGAACGUGCUGAACCGCAGGAGGCGAGUGGCCGCCCAGCAACACGACAGCAACGCGGACAACGCGACGAACGUGGAGUACGAGUCGGACGACUCGAUCGGCUCGGCCAGCGACCUGCGGGCAAUGAAUGACGAGGAGGGCAACGACGGCGAGGUGAACGACGACGAGGACGGGGGCCGCGUGCGCGGCAAGCACGACGAGACCAUCUCCGAGAGCGUGCGUACGUGCGGUAGUUCUGCGUAUCACGCGGAAUGCGAAUCCGUGGCGACGCACGAGGACGACUACAGGAUGAAGAGGCCGAGGAGGCAUCACUAUCGGCAGCAGGAGCAACAGCUGCCGACGAUCGACGCGGACCCGAUCGUCGGCCAUCAGUACGGCGAGAAGCCGCUGCUGCUGGACGACGAGCUGGACCCCGAGUCCAAGCCGGAGCAGUCGCACGGCGAUCCCUUCGUGCGGCAUCAGUACGGCUCGAAGCCGCUGCUGUUCAACAACGGCGACAGCUCGUCCGACAACGACAACGACAAGUCCAAGUCCAAGUCCAAGUCGCUCAACAACGGCAUCUGGAAGGUGGAGGACGACGUGUUCGCCCUAGCGCCCUUCCCGAGGUCCAGCAGCUCGCGGAAGAGCAGCGACAGUCGCGAGAGCGAACCGAGGAACGUCGAUCCGGCCGGCAGCGCGAAGAACUCGCCUCACAACUCGAACCUGGUGACGCCGAUCUCGAGCUCGCCGAUACCGACGGAGGUGUUCGUGGACGUGACGGAGAGCAAGCCCACACCCGCGCCAGUCAAGCCCGCCCCGUUGCCCUGCAAAUAUCCCAAGAGCGUUGUAAUCGCGAACAGCAAGACCAUAUUCGAGGAACCGGCGUCGUUCCAUCAACCGGUCCAAGCGUCGUCGCCGAUCAAGAGCAGCCCUCACGUCAGCAUUGCCGAGGAGGAAGAGAACACCGAGAGGGACCUUUUCGGCUCUUCCCCGUUUAGCCCCAGCGGGUUCACCAAUCCCUUCAACAGCGCCCAGGCUAAUUUCACGAGCGUCGAUCCCACGUCGACUCAGCCCGUGUCGCUCCUGAGCCCGGUGGGCCCUUCCUCGUACAUCGAUUACGCUAACUGCGCCCCGCUGCAGUCCCACAACGCGGUACCAGACAAUUAUUACGCUAGUCACUCGAGCACGAUCGCGUGCACGUCCAAGUACGGCAUGGUGACGGUGAACUCCGAGCCAACGGUCAGCGCGGAACCGUCCAAGGACCUCUUCGGGUCGAUCCCGUUCGAUGAGUUCGCCUCGCUGAAGCUCAACGAGCAGCAGCAACAACAACAGCAGCAACGUCCAACGUCCCUGUCGCUGUCGCAGUCGCAGUCGCUGUCGCUGUCGCAAUCGCAGUCGCCGAGCUACGUGGACAACGUCGCGUUAACGACGGUGUUGCCGGUCAGCGGCGUCGUGCAGUCCCCGAAGAACAGCGUCGUUCACUUGACACCCACCCCGCCGUCGCAGCCGCAACCACCAGCCGUCUACGCGAUUCAAACGACCACGCAUACCGCCAGGAUCACCGUGCACGCGGUCAACAGCGUCUCCAAGGUGGACAUCACGUCCGACAUGAUAUCGCCCAUGUCGCCCGAGCCGCUGGUCGUCGCGGACGACGACACGCCGAAGCACAACAAGAAAGAUAAAUCCAAGGCGGACAAGUCCAAGUAUCACCUGAUCAACGAGAACCACGGUGACGCCGUCGACGUGUUGCCGACGUACAAGGCGUCCCACAAGACCAAGUCGGUGAGCCACAAGAAAACGCCCAAGGGUAAGAAGAGCACGGCCGCGACCGCCGGUUUCAGCAACAUGAGCUUCGAGGACUUCCCCAGCGAUGAGAACGAGGAGAAGCAGGCGGGACGGGCGAAGGUAGCGCCCUUCGAGGUGAUCCGCGAGGCGUCGGAGAAGCGAUUCGGAUCGUUGAAGAGGCGGAGCAAUCCGUUCACCUGAAAUGAGAUGGUUCCCGUUAGCAGCUAGUCGACAACAAAGCCGUUUGUUAGCGACGCAGGAACAAAUAGAGCAUCGAUAUGAUAUAGUUGAUUGAUUCGUUGUGUAUAUCGUAGAGAUACCGAUAAACACCGGUAAACACCGCAAAAUUUAAUUUAAUUGAUUAGAGUUUUAUUAUGUGUAUAUUGUGAAUGCGUGCACACACACACACACACACCGACACACACAUACAUACAUACAUACACACUAUAGCGUUAGCAAGAGAUUAAUUAACUCUUAUAAAAAAAUCUCAGUAAAAAUGACACACAUGAUAAAUCUCCAAUUGGAAAAUCGAUAUACAGGUUGUACAUAUACACAGAAAACCUUUGCGUUUAAGAGCUUUUCAGACGCGCAAAUACGUCAGAGUGAAAUUCCGAGUGAAUAAAAGUUAUGCCUGUUUCACUUGUUUUCGGAAUGCGCGUUUGUGAAAAGAUAUAAGACAGAGGAAUGUAAUUUAUUUAGAUCUCUUAUGGAGGAUUACAAAAAUCAAUAUUCUAACGCUUUCUGCUCUACGAUUAGACCAAAUAUCUAAUGCUACAAUAUUUAUUAGAAGCCGUUUUUUUUAACGCUUAAAUUGUCCUUGAAUUGAUUAAACUAAAUUAUGUGGAACACGAUCAACGUCUUUUUGGCGCUUGUGCGUUUUUUUUUUCACAAACGUCUACAAUGUGAUGUGAUAGCAGCAAGUAGCUGCGCAUGUUUAUAUCAGAAGGCAUACAGCAUGAGCAGAUAUAUUUAUACAUACACAUGCCUAACUGACAAACGUGUGGAUGGGAUCGUAUAAAACGUGAUUUACACUAAUGUCGGAAAGUAUUAAUUCAUAUACUACCACUUUUUAAUUACUUUUUUGCAUUUUUAGAAGAUUUACACAAACAAGACAGAUAGCCAUAAGAAAUUGAUGGGAAAAAAGACAUUAUAUUAAAGAAAACUGUUGAUUUUUGAAAUGUUGAAAGGAAGAAAGAGAGAGAGAGAGAGAGAGAGAGAUAGAGAGACACAGACACUUCCCAACUUACGUUUUAACAUAAAACCAGGUUGUGGAACUUGGCAGCUCGAUACCAAAAAUGAAAUAAAAGUAGGUAAAGAAAGCUCGUGCAUCUAUUUUUGCAGCUAAGUCUUUUCACUACGUUUGUACUUUAAAAAUUUGUAGAUUUCUACUAGUACAAUCUACUAGUUCAUACAAAGCAAUUUUUCUAAGAAAGUUAAUCUGUAUUAUAUAUGUGUGUACACUAUAUACAUAUAUACAUACACUGUACACUAUAUACAUAUAUGUAUCUGUCAACGCAAUUCGUCGCAAAGUCUAACGUUGAUGAAAGGAGGAGAAAUUUUUAUCGUAUAUUUAUGGUCUCUCGGGGAAGAGAUUAUAACAGAGUAUUCCUUGCGAAGAAAUAACAUAAUGGAUCAUUUACAGAAAUUAGUGUUACAAAGGCGCAGAUAAUAGCAUUGAAGUGAUUUGUAAUAUUUAUCGUAAAGAAGCAAACACAGGCUCGCCUAAAGAAUUGGCCUUAUCGUGUAAGACUGACUUAUUGUUUAACAGUCUCGAUUAACAUAUACAUUGUGUAAGAUGGCUAUGUCUCUUUUUAAGUAAUCGCUUAUAAUCCGACAACGUCACGGUUCAUCGACACAUUAUUCAAAAACGAACACUAAUAAUCGCGAUUGUCAUCACGAUCGAGACUGUUAAAUAAAAUGUAUGAAAAGUAGACGUGAUACUAGUACUUAGUGUAUCAGUACUAGUAGGAAUAUUAAUAUUAAUUUUUAUCUCACAUUGAGAGAGCAUUUGUAUUUGUUAAAUUAUUCGAUUUCAACAACUGAAUUUUAAUACGUUUUACAUAACUUUGGAAAUUAUUUUAAUCAAAUUUUAUAUACUGCUAAUAUACUGCGCCUUUUUAAUCAACAGACAGGAUCUAAUUCAGUGUAAAAAGAUGUGACAAUAUUAUUAAAAAAAAACAAUGUUUAUAAUCUACGUGUUUUUAUGCACACGCAUAUACAUAUAUAUAAAGAUGUAACAUAAUUUGUAGAUAUUAGCUUAUAUAAUUAGGUGCCUUCCUUUAUCGAGUAGCGUUCAAGCUUGCAAAGUCUUUGCUGUUGUGUAGCAUAAAAGCUGAUAGUAUUAUAAGAUAAACAGAGUCAAUUGUAUUUGUAUAUGUAAGGGAUAGUGUAUCUGAGAAAUUGUUUCUUCUGUUUAGUUCCUAUCACGUAACGGUGAGAUGUAAUCUAUAGGAAGUUAAAAGCGAUUUUUAAUGCCGCCAUCACAAAAGUCAGAGUGAUCUAUGCAUAUAGAAAAUUAAACGUUAAAUUUCCGGCGAACCGAUAUGAGAACCGCGACGAAUUCGGCGAGAAGUAUAAUUUUGAGUGUGUUUGUUGAACAUACGGGAGAACCCCGUUGUUAUUCCAAGCCUUAAAAUAAUAUACUCCAUCAUUCUGUGCACCGUGUAUAAAAUAGAACGAACUAGGGUGCUAAGAAAGCCGAGAGCAUUUUUAAUUUAACAUCCUAAGAAGAAUAUUAUUUGAUUAUAUAUAUAAAUUCUUACGAGUCUACGUGCGUAGUGUAGAUACGAUACAUUCCUCCUUUAAAUUUUCAUAUAUUGUUAUUUAUUAUAUCGUUGGUUUGUAGGUUCUUUUCUCUACGUUUUCUCGUGUGUACAUGCGCAGGAGAUAAAGUAAAUGUCCUAAUCGUGUGUGUUGGAAAGUUUUACGGAUACUUGACUAGUUAAUACUUGAAUUUCACUGCCUGCA